AUGAAGGAGAAGAGGGAGAAGGAAAAAAGGAGGCUAAAGGUCCUAAAUGCGGAGAUAAGCCUGCUAGAGAAAGAAAAAGAGAUGAAUUCAAAUGCGAUGAUUGAGAUAGAAAAUAAAAAAGAGAUAAAGAAAAGGGCAAGAAUUAAAAAAAAGAAAGACGAGGAGAAAGACUUAAAGAUAAAUAAAAAAAUAACGCCCGCUCUCAUUAAAUCACUAAAUCAUAUGAUGUUUGAAAUCAGCAAUCUCCCUCUUGAGUACAUACUUGCACAGUCUAACAAGAUGGUGCUGACCUCUGAGUGGCAUCUGUCCAUCGUGGAGAGGGAGUGCCUGAAAAAGUACACGAAAAUAAAGGACCUUUUCAAGAGCAAGCUCCUUCUUGAGGAGAAGCGCAAUACGGCAUUCUCGGGGUUUGAGCUGAAGAGGCGGAAAAUACUGCGGGCUUCUGCGGACAGGCGGAAAACCGUGCUUGCCAUCCAAAGGGGGCUGCUCAGCGCGGGGGAGCCGCAAAGCGUUGCUGACAGCAUCUCGCAGGAGUACAGCUAUGCAGAGCCAGGGGACGCGGAGGCUCUCUCGGAGAAGUACAAGAGCGUGCUCUGCCUUUUCUCCUUGAUGAAGUCGAACAAAAGCAACAUCCGGUACACAGUCCCGCAGAGCAAGAAAAAUCCGGUGAUGCACUCGUCACAUACUACGUGCUUGGACAAGAUAAAGAUAGAGCCUGGAAAGAUCUUCACGAUCCCAGAUCUUGUGCGAUACAGGAUGUACAGAAGGAGCAUGCGCGAGGGAGAGAAGCCAGGAGCCCAGAAGGGCCCGGGAAAGGACCCGGAGAAAGAGGCGGCACAGGAGAGGAGCGAAGACGUCCUUGCGCUAGAAGUGCCUGGCUCCGAGGGGGAGGAGGGAGAAGAGGAGAAGCUGUGA